CCGCUCUCUUCCGCGUGCUGACAUCAAGCUUUGCUUAGCCCGACCGAACAGCCCCGAGGACCCUGAACAGCUGCGCAGAGAGAGCCAGAGUACCCACCAUGAGCGAGUACAGCUAUGCGCCGCGGCGACACCGCGAGCCUGAGUACGUCACUGAAACGACGUACAUCGAGCGCGGCGGCCGAGGCAGCGGACCAGUGCGCGACCUCGUCUACCGCCCCGCGCGGGAAGACAGCAUCGAAGACAUUCCGCGUGACUUCCCUCCAGGCACCGAGUACCGUCAGACAAAGUACCGCGAGGAGUAUGCCCCGCGUCGCACCCGCUCCGUGAACCGCGGCUACGAUGAUGACCCGUACGACGAUCGCCGCCGCCGCGACCGCUACGACGACCGCGACUCGUACGUAGACUCGUAUGCUGGCGACCGUCCCAAGCCCCAGCGCCGCAAGUCCAUUGUCGACCGCGCCAAAGAUCUCGGCGAAGCUGCCGGCCUGGGUGGCGUCAUUGCUGCAGUCACUGGCCGUUCGCGGUCGCGGUCGCGCUCCAGAACCCGACGUCACGACCGCGGCUAUGACAGCGAUCGCCGCUACGAUGAGUACGACCGCCGCAGCAGCCGGUACGACUCGCGAUCGCGCAGCCGCGACCGGAACCGCAAGUCGGAGAAGUGGGAGCAGGCUGCUAAAGCUGCCUUGGUGGCCGGUGCCGUCGAGGCCUUCCGUAGCCGCAAGGUUCCGGGAGCCUGGACUGGAGCCAAGGGCCAGCGUGUCGCAACUGCUGCACUCGGUGCUGCCGGUAUCGACAGCCUCAUCGACCGCAACCCCGAGCAGCACGAGAAGCGUCAUGUCGCGGAAUCUGCUCUCGGUGGCCUGCUAGCCAACCGUGCUGUCAAUGGCUCUCGCUCCCGAUCUCGCGCCCCUCGUGACGAGUCGCCCGGUGGUCGCUCCCGCUCGCGGUCAAGGUCCAUCUUCAGUCGUUCGCGCUCCCGUGGUCGCUCUCGCUCUGCGUCUCGCGACAAGGAGGGAAAUCCCAUUGCGAAGAUCGCCGGUACUGGCGCUGUCAUCGCCGCAGGAAAGGCUCUCUACGACCGCGUGCGAUCCAAGUCCCGUGGUGGUGGACGCUCUCGCUCCAGGUCUCGCUCGCGCAACAGGCGUGACCGCUCGCGUUCGUCCAGCGCAGACAGCUACGUUCCUUCUCGCAGGGGGAACCGUCGCUCAUACAGCCGCGGCCGCAGUAUGGAUAAUGGACACCAGUCGAAUGACCCUUCUCGGGCUAACCCAGAUCGCAGAUUAGCGGCAGCAGGCGCAGGUGCAGGAGCCGGCGCGCUUGCUACUCAGGGAGCACACAGGAGCGUAGCUUCUCAGCGCGGCGGUGGCAGAGAUGCUUCCAGCGAUUCGUCUAGCACUACGGACAUGGAGGAGCAGCGCAAAAAGCUUCGAGGUAAGGAACUCCUGACCGCGGGUCUCGCGACCGUGGCAACCAUCCACGCAGCACACGGUGUCUACUCGUCCAUGGUCGCCUCUGAGAAACGGCGCAAGCUUGUCGGUGAGGGCGAAAUGACGCCCGAGGAAGCACGGAAACGCAAGUCAAAGAACAUGCUCCAGGACGCAGCAGCCGUCGGCAUUGCUGCCCUCGGUAUCAAGUCUGCGUACAGCGAGUGGAAGGAGAUGAACGAGCAAAGACACAGCGUGAAAGAGCUCGAGAGCCGCCGACGAAAGAGGAGAAAGCAGCGAGAGCGCCGUGAACGAGAGGCCCGCGAGAAUGCCUUCUACGGCAUGCAGAACCCCCAGAUGAAUGGUGCUAAUCCGUACGCGUACCCUGUAGCUGCGCAACCGUAUCCUACGACCAGCUAUGCAGAUGCGAAUCCCUACGGCAGCAUGCCGCCGCCGCCCAUGGGCGCGCGGUACUGAUGUCUUCCUUUGGCCACGCACAUGAGAUCCAAACGAUUAUUGCUAGGGCGGUGGUUUGCGACGAUUGCACGGCUUUAUACCUGGGCCCGUCUGAGGACCGGCUUUUCUUUUACUUUUUUUCGGUACUUUUUCUUUGACAAA